AUGGUAGGAAACAAGGGCAGGGGUGCGGGAAAUCAAGGGCAGGGAGGGGAGAAGCAAUGGGUGAGGGGAAAACAAGGGAGGGGCAGAGGGGGGGCAGGGAGGGAAGAAACGUGGGGCAGGGAGGGGAGAAGCCAAAGACAGGGGCAUGGGCAGGCGGGGGCAGGGAGGGAGCAAAGGAGAGGCACGGAGAAAGAAAGGGAGGCGCGGGGAGGGGAGAAACCGGGCGUGGGGGGGCGGAAAAUGAGGGGCAGGGCGGGGAGGAGGGAGGGGCAGGGAGGGGAGAAGCUGAGCACACGGAGGGGGGAAAGGUGGGGCAGGGAGGUAGGAAGCCAAGGGCAAGGGGGGGAGAGUGGGGGAGCAGGGAGAGGGGGGAGGUGGGGAGCGGAGAAAGGCGGCGAGGGGCAGGGAGGGGAGAAACCAAGCAUAGGGGGGCGAGAUACGAGGGGCAGGGUGCGGAUUGAGGAGGGGCAGGGAGUGGAGUGGGUCGGCGAGGGGAAGGAAGAGGCGUGCAGCAGAGGAGGGGAGGGGGGAGGAGAAGGUAAACGAGGGGAGCGCACGGGCGGGGAGGAGCGAAUGGCGGGCGGUGGGAAACGGCGAGGGGGGCAGGGAGGGUCAAAAGAGGCGGCAAGGGAGCGGGCACGCGGAGGGUGGGGGCGGGGGGGAGCGGAUGGCAUGAGGAGGCAGGGGGCUUGCCCGUGCGAAGAAACGCCCCGUGCGCACCACCGUUGGGCGGUUGGAAGCCGCACACGGUCGCGGGGGUGGAGAGCGGAAACGGGCAGCCGGGGGAGGGUGGGGGCGGUUGGAUGGGACUGGGGUGUACGGGGGGCAGGGGAGUUGAGGGGGCAAGGGGAGGGGCAGCAACGGGCAGGGGCUGGGCCAGCUGAGGGCACGGAAAAGGGGCGGGCAGAGGGUGAGCAGAGGGGCGAGCGAUGCAAGGGAGGCACCAUAGGGGGGAAACCAGUUGCACGGAGGUGGGAGGUGAGGGGCGUGCGAGGGGGUGGGAAAGGGGCAGGGAGGGGCGGAAUGGGAGGACGUGGGUGGGGGGUGGGGGAGGGGAGUGUGCGUGUGUGUGUGAGAAAGAGAGAGAGAGAGAGAGAGAGAGAGAGAGAGAGGGAAGGGAGGGGGGGAGAGAAGGGUGGGAGGGGGGCUGGUGGUGCGGAUGGGCUGAUGGUGGCAAGAGGGCAGCAGGGAUGGGGAGAAGGGAGCGAUAACGAGGGGAACGCAAAGGGCAGGGGGGGAGGAGGGGAGGGGCAGGGAGGGAAGAGGCUGAACGGAGGGGAGAAGCAAUGGGUGAGGGGAAAACAAGGGAGGGGCAGAGGGGGGGCAGGGAGGGAAGAAACGUGGGGCAGGGAGGGGAGAAGCCAAAGACAGGGGCAUGGGCAGGCGGGGGCAGGGAGGGAGCAAAGGAGAGGCACGGAGAAAGAAAGGGAGGCGCGGGGAGGGGAGAAACCGGGCGUGGGGGGGCGGAAAAUGAGGGGCAGGGCGGGGAGGAGGGAGGGGCAGGGAGGGGAGAAGCUGAGCACACGGAGGGGGGAAAGGUGGGGCAGGGAGGUAGGAAGCCAAGGGCAAGGGGGGGAGAGUGGGGGAGCAGGGAGAGGGGGGAGGUGGGGAGCGGAGAAAGGCGGCGAGGGGCAGGGAGGGGAGAAACCAAGCAUAGGGGGGCGAGAUACGAGGGGCAGGGUGCGGAUUGAGGAGGGGCAGGGAGUGGAGUGGGUCGGCGAGGGGAAGGAAGAGGCGUGCAGCAGAGGAGGGGAGGGGGGAGGAGAAGGUAAACGAGGGGAGCGCACGGGCGGGGAGGAGCGAAUGGCGGGCGGUGGGAAACGGCGAGGGGGGCAGGGAGGGUCAAAAGAGGCGGCAAGGGAGCGGGCACGCGGAGGGUGGGGGCGGGGGGGAGCGGAUGGCAUGAGGAGGCAGGGGGUGUGA